AUGAGACAGUCAUUGCCACAGAGUGCGAGGACAUACAACUGGGUCUCCCUGUGUAUCUAUGACUUCGUUGUUCAUUAUCUGGCAACGCGAUUUGCUUGGCGCUGCCCGACUGAUUCUGUCUUAAUCCCUUUCUUCCGGGCGAAUGCUGGUCCCCGUCAUAUGGAUGUGGGUGUAGGCACCGGAUACUUUCUGGCGGCGAUGAAAGAAAGUCCUGGAGAAGAUCCUGCACUGUCUUGGCCCCAGAAGCUUGUCCUUGUCGACCUGAACCCUACCUGUAUCAAGAAAGCUGCCACCCGCAUCGCCCUUCCGGAUCGCACGGACUGCCUAGUUGCGGAUGUAUUGAAGCCACUCCCAGACAGUCUGGAGCUAGGGACAUUUGACUCAAUCUCAAUAAUGUUUCUGCUACACUGCCUCCCCGGUCCACCAUCCAGGAAAGCUACAACCUUUGUGAACCUCAAGUCGCUGCUGAAGGAGCACGGGGUACUCUUUGGCACCACGGUUCUAGGAAAGAACAUUCGAUACAAUUGGUUUGCGUCGCUGUUACUUUCAAUUUACAAUUUCUUCGGAGUAUUUGACAACUACGGCGACGAAGCGAAGGAUUUCACUAACCUUCUAUCGCAAGAGUUUGACCAUGUGGAAAGCGUGGUGGUAGGGUGUGUCUUGAUUUUCAAAGCAACAUCUCCCCGGAAGGCUUAA